GAGGAAUAGACGGAUUACUGCUAACUGUGCGCUGGGCAGCCCGCAGCUGCUCGAGUAGGGCCAGCUCGACAGCGGAGGGGGGGGUGGAGGCGGCGCUGGUGGGGGGGGGCGGUGGUGGUAGAAGACGAGGAGGACCGCGGAGCAGAGGGGGUGCGAGAGGGGGGGCUGGGAUGACUACGCCAGGAGUCCUUUAGCGUUUUUCCUCUUUCUCCAGUCACCAUCAGCAGGGGCUAAUCAGCCGUGUCUGGCCCCGGGCAAAGUCAGGGAAAGGGGACUUUGUCGGACAGGAAAGAGAAGCCGGAUAGACAGACACUGGAUGGAUGGACGGACGGAUGGAGGACCCACAGCCCGGUGAAACACAGCUUGGAUACCAGAUUGAAGUGAGAUUUCUUUUUUUCAUUGAAUUCCUUUAGUCACUUCGUGGUCCCUGGUCAGACUGGCUUCUUCUCCGGUUAUGGAUCGUUGUGAUACGCUCUUGUCGGAGAGGCAGAUUGGAUUCUGGAGCCGGUUAGGAAGGCAUUUUCUAGGGGCAGAUAUAAGCCAGGCACCUGCCUAGCCCUCCUUGUUCUACCUGAGCCUCUGAGGGCUUUACAAGCUGAUCUCAGUGCCCCCGACCAGAAGCCAUUUUGCACUGUUGGCUGACAGAGGGCCACCUCACUUUUCCACCGAGGGAAAACAGAAGAAACAUCUAUUUCACCUGUCUUGUCAAUAAUUGGAAUUAUAAUUGAACCGCACGCAAAUGUGGUCUCUGUAACAUUCCAGAGGAGGACCACGUUCACAUUUUCACACUAAUGAGCUUCUCCCUGCACCGUCGAUGGAAGUUUGGAUCCUUGCCCUGCUUCAGCCAGGCUAGGAUGGUGAGUCCUUUGGCGUGUGUCACCUCCCAAAACCAUGCAGAAUAAUGAGCCCCACACACCAUGAGUGCUUUGGGCCGGGUAACUCUGCAGCCUACCUGGAACACAGCUCUGCUUGCCGUGCUCUCCCUCAUGUUGCCAGCUCUCAGUGUGUGCCAGGCCUCCGUCCCUGCGCUGGGCUCGGCCACCCCACAGAACUGCCCAGGUGUGUGCUCCUGCACUAACCAGCUCAGCAAGGUGGUGUGUACCCGUCGAAGCCUGCUCAGGGUGCCUCCCAACAUCCCAGCCAACACCCGGUACCUGAACCUCAUGGAGAACAGCAUCGAAACCAUCCAGGCGGACACGUUUAGACACCUGCAUCACCUGGAGGUGUUGCAGCUCGGUAGGAACGCCAUCAGGCAGGUCGAGGUAGGGGCCUUCAACGGGCUGACCAGCCUCAACACCUUGGAGCUGUUUGACAACAGGCUGACGGUCAUCCCCAGCGGGGCCUUUGAGUACCUGUCCAAGUUGAGAGAGCUGUGGCUGCGGAACAACCCCAUCGAGAAUCCGUCGUACGCGUUCAACCGCGUCCCCUCCCUCAUGAGGUUGGACCUCGGGGAGCUGCGCAGGUUGGAGUACAUCUCCGACGGAGCCUUCGAGGGCCUUCAGAAUCUGAAGUACCUCAACCUGGGAAUGUGUAACCUCCGGGAGUUUCCCUAUCUCUCCCCGUUGAUAGGCCUAGAGGAACUCGAGAUAUCCGAGAAUGUUUUCCCUGAACUCAGGCCCGGGGCCUUUCGCGGGCUGAAGUCUUUACGUAAACUGUGGAUUAUGAACUCGGCCAUAACGACCAUCGAGAGAAAUGCGUUUGACGACAUCACAGCCCUGGUGGAGCUGAAUCUCGCCCACAAUAACCUCUCCUCCCUGCCUCACGACCUCUUCACCCCCCUGCAGUACCUGGUGGAGCUGCACCUGCACCACAACCCGUGGCGCUGUGACUGCGACGUGGUGUGGCUCUCCUGGUGGCUGAGAGAAUACAUCCCCACCAACUCCACCUGCUGCGGGCGCUGCCACACCCCGCUGCACAUGAAAGGCCGCUACCUGGUGGAGGUGGACCAGACCACCUUCCAGUGCUCCGCGCCCUUCAUACUGGACGCUCCUAAAGACCUGAACAUAUCGGCCGAGCGGGUGGCCGAGCUCAAGUGCCGCACGGCCGCCAUGAGCUCCGUGCGGUGGCUCCUCCCCAACGGCACCGUGCUGACCCACGGCUCGUCCCACCCGCGGAUAUCGGUCCUCAACGACGGGACGCUGAACUUCUCCAACGUCCUCCCGUCCGACACGGGGGUCUACACCUGCUCGGUCACCAACAUGGCGGGGAACUCCAACGCCUCGGCCUACCUGAAUGUGAGCAACGCCGAGCUCAACACCUCCAACCUGUCCUACUUCACCACGGUAACGGUGGAGGUGGUGGACCCCGCGGUGGAAGAGACCCCCAAACCCAAGCCCACGGUCCCCGCCUCGCCCUCGGUCUUUCAGCCGGUCUUCAUCUCGACCCCCACCGUGUUGCUCCAGACCACACAGACCCCCAAGCAGGUGGCCGUGCCCACCGCCAGGAUCCCCAGCGGGCCCCCCGCCAGCCUGGACGAGGUGAUGAAGACCACCAAGAUCAUCAUCGGCUGCUUCGUGGCCGUCACCCUGCUGGCGGCGGCCAUGUUGAUCGCGUUCUACAAGCUGCGGAAGCGGCACCAGCAGAGGAGCACGGUGGCCGCGGCCAGGACCAUAGAAAUCAUCCAGGUGGAGGAGGAGGUUCAGCCGGUGCCUCCGCCCACGUCCGGGUCCAGCGGCUCGGACGACACGGUGCUGGUGCUGCCCACCUUGGUGGAGCACAACAGUAACACCUUCAAGCCGGGCUACGUGGCCUCCUCCUCCUCCUCUUCGUCGUGCCGCCGCGGGGCCUACGGACCCCACGGCGCCCACUGGACCCAGAACAACUUAGGUAACUCCCUCCAUCGCUCUGUCCGACAGCACAGCCACAUCAGCACCAUAGCUGAGUCCUACGUCAUUAAGAGCUCCCACGGCAAGGAGAAGGUCCAAGAGACCCAGAUCUGAGGGGCUAGGGCUCCUGUCGGGGACUGGUUGCUCCCGUGUCUCUGUUCAUCCUCCAUGCAAUAGAAUGCACAAAGAACAAAAUGGCAACUUUCUUUUGUACAAAAGUACAAAAAAAGAGACGAUUUUUUGGGUUUGUUUGUUUCUUGUAUAUGCCUAUACAUACGUAUAUGUAUAUGAAAAAAAAAUACACAUAUAUAUAUAUAUAUAGAUAAUUCUAAAUGCAUUGGUAACAGAUGCAGAUUAUAUUAGAAAAGAAAGAAAAUUUAAACUAUUUUCUAAUAACCAAUGGAUUCUAUUUAAAAAAAAAAAAGAAAGAAAAUAUAUUAAAUUGCUUUUGUGAUUGAUAAAACCAAGUUGUCCUGUCUAGAUUAAGUUUUGUUUUGUGUUCUGGUCAUGCUGUUUAGAAUGCAGAAAAAGAAAAGGACUCUUUAUUCAUACACAUGUUUUUGAACAGAGCCCCCAAAUUAUACUUCAAUUUAUACAGUCCAAAAUAUUAUAUGCAAUUCACAUUAUUUUCGAUUAUUUCAGAAACCCAGGCAGAAUUUUAAUUACAUUUGUCCAAGACAGCAGUGGAGUGGCACAGAUUUGUGGCACAGGAUUGGCUGUUUAGUAGCUAUCAGCCAAAUGCUUUUCCACUGCAGUGAAUUUCUGCAGCUAGUGUUUAACCCUCAAUUUGCUGUCGCUAACUGGCCUUUCUUUGGCGAGCCUGCUUCAUAGUCGUAGUGUAUCUGAACAUGUUUAGUGUGCUCACCAGAUUCCCAGAGAUUCAACUAGCAACGAUGAAGCAUAAGCUAAUGAUGUUUUUUUUUGCAAUUCCCAUUUUGUCAUUGGUUGCAAUCUGUAUUCUUUAUGUUACCCUGGGCUGUGACAUGCUUCAUAAUGGCUUGUGUAGUGUUUAGGGCUAAUUUAGUAAUGCAUUACAGCAUUUGCCUGACUUGUAUCUGCAAGGGCUCAUUCAAUGCUAAUUUUUCAAAGAGGGGGAAAGAUGUGGUGCAGUAAUAUAAGGCUUUGCUGGCCAUCCUGCUUUUGGAGAAAACCCGAAAGGAUUAAAAUGAAAAAAACUUAAUGAAUGUUUGAUAUUGGGGCUUUUCCAUGGACUACAUUGAAACAUAUAUUUGUUCUUUUUCUUUUCCUUUUCUUAGUUUAUUUUAAAGCAACACUAUUUUUAUGGGGAAAUCAAGGAGGAUAUACAAAAUAAAAUAAACCUGUGGUUUGUAUUUCUCUAAUCAGA